CAAACUUGGUCUCUCUUUAUGUCAACAUAUACUCAUUUUUGUUAUAUAAGGCUUUAAAAAGACUUGGAACGUUUUCAUAACAACACACUGGCGUGAGGAUUCCAAUGUUUUCGUCUCCAUGGAUUCCUUUUUUACUUUUUGUUCUUUCAACCUCUGUUGUUACUGCUUUGCCGUAUAGAUUUCCGAGGCUUAGUCCUAUUGGUGAAAAGUUUCUACAUCAUUCUAGAGUUCUGCUGGAGGCACCUCCUUCGGAUGAUUUCAAGACAUUUUAUUACAAUCAGACACUUGAUCAUUUCAGUUAUAGGCCUGAAAGCUACACGACAUUCCCGCAAAGAUAUAUAGUCAACUUCAAGUACUGGGGUGGUGCUAAUUCGAGUGCUCCAAUUUUUGCUUAUUUGGGGGCUGAAGCACCAAUUGAUGAUGAUUUAAAUGUUAUUGGGUUUAUGACCGAUAAUGUCAUCCAGUUUAAUGCUCUUCUUGUUUAUAUUGAGCAUCGAUACUACGGAAAAUCGGUACCAUUUGGAUCAAGGGAUGAAGCAUUAAGAAAUGCUAGCACUCUUGGGUACUUUAAUUCAGCACAAGCGAUUGCUGAUUAUGCAAGUAUUCUUAUGCACGUGAAGAAAGAGCUUCGUGCUAAUUAUUCUCCCGUGAUUGUUAUCGGUGGAUCAUAUGGAGGAAUGUUGGCUUCAUGGUUCCGUCUUAAAUACCCUCACGUGGCACUAGGAGCUCUUGCAUCUUCAGCGCCAAUCCUUUAUUUCGAUGAUAUUACACCACAGAAUGGAUACUAUUCUGUCGUCACCAAGGACUUUAGAGAAGUCAGUGAAACUUGCUAUGAAACUAUUAAGAAAUCGUGGUCGGAAAUGGAAGCAGUUGCUUUGCAGCCUAACGGCCUUUCCUUUCUCGACCAACAGUUCAAAACAUGCCGUCCUAUAGCGAGGUACUUGGAGUUGAGAGACUACUUGUGGUCCAUGUAUGCUAGUGCAGCCCAGUAUAACCACCCACCUGGAUAUCCGGUCACCCGGAUUUGUGAUGCCAUUGACGGAGCUGUGAAUGGAACACUUGGAAAAAUAGCUGCAGGUGUGUUUGCUUACAGAGGAAAUUUGUCCUGUUAUAUUAAUGAGCCCAGAAAUGAAACUGAGACUGACGUAGGAUGGAGAUGGCAGUCAUGCAGUGAGAUGGUGAUGCCAAUAAGUUCAGACGAUGAUAUGUUUCCACCGUUCCCUUUUGACCUUGGAAACUUCAGCAGAUAUUGCAAUGGAUUAUAUGGUGUCCCUCCCAGACCCCAUUGGGCUACCACCUACUAUGGAGGCCAUGAUAUACAACUCGUCCUUCAGAGAUUUGGUAGCAACAUCAUUUUUUCCAAUGGACUUAAAGAUCCUUAUAGUAUUGGCGGUGUAUUGCACAACAUAUCAGACACUCUCCUUGCAGUGCAUACCACUAAUGGAUCUCACUGUUUGGACAUCUUAAAGGCGAAUGAAACUGAUCCUGAAUGGGUAGUGGCACAGAGAAAGACUGAGGUUGAUAUCAUUAAAGCAUGGAUCAGUAAGUAUUAUGCAGAUUUGGCAAACUACAAACAAAACAAAACAUUCUGAAAUUCUAGAUUGUAAAGAAUAGCUUUCUGCUCUUCUUCUCCCUUAUACGGUAGUACAUACGGGAAUGAAAAGUAUGAUAAACGUGCUAUUUGAGCUAUCACUUGUAACGACCCAUUAAAAAAAGGAGAAAUAAAAGAUUUUGUCUGUAAGCUUA